AUGGUUACUUCUGGCUAUGUUGGGGUUGGCAUUUGCAUUGGCAUUGGAUUAUUUUAUUGGUGUGGAGUGCUCCUGAUGAUAGGAUGCAUGCAAUAUAGUGGAGAUAUCUCACGUUACACUCUGAUUGCUUCCACAGCAUUUCCCAGAUGGGGGCGAUUAAUCACAAGCUUACUUUUCUACUUGGAAACAUUAUGCACGCUUUUGGGAUUUCUAAUUGCAGUGGGGGAUUUAGCACAAAGUAUUCCAACUCAUUUGCAUCACUUUGGGUUACUAAACACAAGAGAGUUUGCAACAUUUGUUGCUAUGGGGGUUAUCGUUCCUGCGACUUGGUUCGAGAAGUUAUCUACAGUCUCCUUUUUCUCGUUGUGUUGUACACUUGGGCUCUUAUUUGUCAUGGCAUUGACCAUUUACAUCGGGUUCUUUGAUGGGGUUGGAUUCAAAGCCCGAAUUCCACUUGUUCGAACUUCACAGAUAUCAAAGUCCAUUGGAAUUUAUUCUUUUGGCUAUGGAUCAGCUCCAAUUUAUCCAAGCAUCUAUUAUUCAAUGAGAAACCAAGGAUCUUUCACACUGGUGCGUUAUUUUGUAAACCAAUAUUCAUGGAAGUGUUGCACUUCUUUUCAGGUACUCUCAAUUGCUUUUGGAGUGUUCACAGCUGUAUUUUUACUCUUUGGAUUAUUGGGAAGCUUUAUGUUUGGGCUUGCUAUCUGGGUAUCUUUUGUUAUUCCAGUUUCUAAAUUUCCACUUCUUAUGCAUCCUAUAACAUCGGAUGUCCAUGAAAUUAUUGCAAGGAAAUUCAGUAUUCAGCCAAAGAGCCUUGUGUCUAUAGUGAUAAGAGUUGUUGUGAGCUCUUUUACUACUCUCGUGAUUAUGGCUAUUGCGCUGGGCCUUCCUAAAUUUGCUGAUGACCAGGCUUAUAUACCUCGUGGAGGCUGUCGAAGGCAGUACGUCCGACGAAACGUCACCGGCAUAGACAGGAAGGAAUUGCUGGAAGCUUAUAGAGACCGUCCAAGCGACUGGGAAGAAGCUGCUGGCAUCGUAAGACGGGGACUCGCGAGCGAACAGGAAAUUUACUGGAAUGAAUGGAGAGAGAAUUGGCCUGUGUUCUCGUAUGGUGGCUCUCAGCAAGAUCAUAGCAUCAGCGAGUGCGCCUCUCCGCAUGUCGGUUUCCGCGCCAGAAAUCUCGAGGCUUCACGAUGA